UCUCUGCAGCCGUUGAUGAAGACGUUGGUGUCCCUGCAGACGUCCACUUAGAUCCUUUCUUUAAUUAUUCAGAGAAAAAUUCCUCUGCUUCAAAAUAGAGUAAAGGGCUGGUGAAGGUUUCAAAGUUGUGACAGCAGGAAUAGUCUCUGAACUUCCUUUUGCAUCUAAUUAACAUAUUUACUUAUUCCUAGUUUAUUGCUAACAUGAUCUCAACACUCGCUUUGGAUAUUGAAAUCUGAAGAACAUUGCAGAGAAGAUUGAAGCCAUCUGAGUGUCAUCAUUGUGUGGUAGGACAGACCAACUGUGUGCUCUGAUCUGAACCCAGCAGGAGCAUCAGCAGAGCAGCUUCAUCCUUUUACUCAAUCAGAGUUUCCAUUUCUGCCUUUAGACUGUGGUGCAGUGAAGCAGUCAACCACUAGUCAGAAGGCCGCAGGUUUGAUUCUCGCCUCGCCUGCCUUAGCGUCUAACGUUGGUGGAAAAGACAGUCCCACGUUGCUCACAGGGGGAACACAGUGUGAAUGUCUGCACAGGAUUGUCAAUCCGCUGGGACCUUAACCAAAGUUGAAAAGCCUGAUGGAAGUUCAUGUCAUUUGAAUUGAUUUGGACAGAAAGGCACUAAUUGGUAAGAAGAAAGGUGAUGGCGUUGAUGUGGAUGUGAUGGAGAGAUGCUGGGGGAUGGAUGAGCUGUGGACCUGCACCCCUAUAAUUUACCAAUGGAAUCUUCCUCUGGCAUCUUAAUCUGGAGAACAGAUUAAUCAACAGAAAGUUCAUUAAAAGUUGACUGGUCGUGGUGCAGCAGUGGGGCGGUUGACCUCCAAUUCAUUUCCUGCCUUUCCCACCCAUUUGUCAAAGUGUCCUUGGGCAAGACACUGAACCCCACCCUGCCUCUGGUGGAACACGCCAGUGUUCAGCAGCGGAGCCGCCACCAGUGUGUGAAGGUAGAAAAGCGCUAAAUAAGUAUACGCCAUUUACUCGUCUCUGCUCACCUAAAACUUUCAUUAUAAGUAAAGCAAUUUGUUGUUUGUGUGCAUUAUUGUGUAUUUAGAAGCUUCCAAUCCCCAUCCCACCUGGGUUCUUCUAGAAUCUCUCUUUUGAAUGUUAGUUAUUGCUUUUUCAUUGCUGUUUUUCUUCUCUCUAGUCAAAUAUGCUGAAUGGCCAGCGCCGGUGGGACCCAUUCUUAAGCCUACAGGGACUGUAAGACUUUGUGGAGAUUCUAAGAUGACUGUAAAUACAGUGGCUUCAUUGGAGCAACAGUUUUCUAAAGUAGAGAUGAGCCAUGCUUACCAACAAAUACUGCUGGAUGAAGAAUCAAAGAAAAAUGUGACGGUGAACACCCAGAGGACUGUUCACGUACAACAGACUGCCAUUUGGAGUAGCAUCAGCACCAGCCAUGUUCCAGAGGACGAGGGAAAACCUUUUGAAAGGUACACCAUUGGUGGUGGUCUACUUAGAUGACAUCUUGGUGAAUGGCAAGGAUGAGGCAGACCACCUAAAAAACUUGACUGAGCUGCUGGGCAGGCUGGAGGAAGCAGGACUGUGGCUGAACAGAACUGCCAAACAGUGUUUAGCCUCAGACUUCCGCUGCGAGAAUGGCCAGUGCGUCUCAGCCUUCUUUGUGUGUGACGGAGAUGAGGAUUGCGAUGAUGGGGGUGAUGAGGUCUCCUGCCCUCCCAUCACCUGAAGCUCUGCAUCCUUCGAGUGCAACAACAGCAUCUGCGUCCCUCCCCAGUGGGCCUGCGACGGUUAAAGCGACUGUCUUGAUGGCUCUGAUGAGUGGCCCCAGAGCUGCCACGCCGAAGCCCCCGUGACGCUCGCCUCUCAUCAGUGCCACUCGAUGGAGUUCCGCUGUGGCAGCGGAGAGUGCAUCCACGGCAGCUGGAAGUGUGAUGGAGAUGCUGGCUGCUUGGAUGGAUCUGAUGAAGCUGGCUGCACUCGCUCCACCUGCCAUCCAGAUGAGUUUGAAUGUGGUGAUGGAACCUGCAUCCACGGCAGUUGCCAGUGCAACCAGCAGAAGGACUGCAGAGACACGACUGACGAAUCCAGCUGUGUCAACGUGACCCACUGUGAGGGCCCGGACAAGUUCAAGUGUCGCAGUGGGGAGUGCAUAACCAUGGAGAGAGUGUGUGACAACAAAAGGGACUGCAGGGAUUGGUCAGAUGAGCCUCUUCGGGAAUGUGGCUGCUCUCACAUUUGCAAUGACCUGAAAAUCGGCCGCGAGUGCUUGUGUCAGUGUGGAUAUAGCCUCAGAGACAAAAGACGGUGCGAAGAUAUUGAUGAGUGCGCCAGUCCAGACACCUGCAGCCAGACCUGCAUUAACACGAUGGGCAGCUACAAAUGUGAGUGUGAGGAGGGUUAGCAGGUUGACCCAGUAACCAAAGCGUGCAAAUCUAUUGGUACAAUAGCCUACCUCUUCUUCACCAAUCGUCGAAAGAUGACUCUUGACAAAAGCGAGUACACUCUAGUAAUUCCCCGCCUAAAGAAUGUGGUGGCGCUGGACAUUGACGUAGCCACUAAAGAGAUCUACUGGUCCGACAUUUCUCUGAAGAAAAUCUACAGACGAAACUGACUAAAACCAGAGCGGAGAGGACGUUGGUUUCAUUCCCUGAUGUUUGAAACCAGUUUGGAUGUUCCAUGCAGAACAAACAUAGACUCAGCUGACGACUCUGCUCAGCACCAAACCAUCAUCGACAGCGACGUUGAUGCCCCUGAAGGAAUCGCCUACGACUGGGUCCAUAAAAACCUCUAUUGCACUGACGGUAUUCGUAGCACUAUCUCUGUGGCAACUGCUGAUGGCAGCCAUCGCAAAACUCUUUUCCACCAAGGCUUGUCGAAGCCUCGGGCGAUAGUGUUCGACCCCCAUAGCAACUUUCUAUACUGGACUGAUUGGGGAAAUCCGGCUAAGAUCGAGAAGGGAGGUCUUAAUGGAGGAGACCGCUCCACUCUGGUCACAGGGUUUGGGAGUUAGCAUUGUCACAGUAACGUUUGUUUUAGCGGUAUUAGUCUGUUUUUUACAUGUUGCACACAGGGUUGGAAGUUACAGGAAUUGUGAAUAACACAACUGUCACUUCUAAUAAGGCUAACCUGUAGCGUGUUCUAGGGUUACUGUGAGCGCAGUUUAUAAUGUUGGACUGACUGAUGGACAUAUCUGACUCCUGCCUCGCUUAAUGCGCCUUAUAGUUCGGUAUGCCUUAUACAUGACAUAAGACUAAAAAAAUAGGCCCUUCAUUGACGGCGCACUUUAUGAUCCUUAUAGAAAAUAUGGUAGAUGAUUUAAAAAAUGAAUUUAUUUAAUGUAUUUGCAUUUUAGAGGCACCAACACUUGCAGGACCAUCGCAGUCAGAAACUCCAGCCGUGACCCCGAAAGGGACAAAACGGAUUAGAAGAAUGUAUCAAUGAAUAGAAGAAUGAAUGCUUUUAUUUCUUAAAAAACUAGUUUUUAAAAUCUAAAACUACGUUGACAUUUUACAAAAAUAAAAAUUAAAAGAAUCGGCCGCGUACAGGGCGGCCCAAACCUCUACAGAGGAACACGGGCCAAUUUAUUUUUAAAGGUAAAUAAUAAAAUUAAAUAAAUGGGCCGCGGCGGCGGCCAAACCGACGGGACAGGAUGGCCCCCACAAACAGCACCCGACCUAACAAAAAAAGGCACCGUCCUUGGUCGGAGGGCCUCCUAAAGACAAAAAAAAAAAAAAAAAAGCAAUCAGGCAUCAAUUUUAAUAGCA